AUGAGUGAGGUUGAUGAAUCGCUGACCUUUUUAUUUGAUGCCGUAGUCACACAUUUGGAAUUAAAAGGCAUUAAGCCCGAACCGGAUAACUUAUAUGUCUCAAUAAAAUUGCCACAGCGGGCCUGGAAAAUCGGUGCCAGCCGUAUAAAUGUCACUGAGUUUGCUUCCAACCGGGAAGUGCAGAUCGUAUCGAGUCCCUCUCGCAUGCGCGAUGCCCUAGAGGAAAAAGGCUUGAUUGUGGCAGCUCUUUACAAUGGUUCUACGACGGGAAGUGCAUCCAUGUCGUUCCCGCAGGAGUUUCUUGACCAGAUCAGUUCCACAAUGAAUGAUCUGCUGCAUGCGGAAACGCUUCAGUUGAUGCGCCGAACGGACGUCGUUGGUUCCAUCACCGUUCUGCUGCGUCUCACCGUCAAAUGCGAGAAGGAAAGCUAUCCUGGGAAAACAACAAAUUCAGACAGUCCCGGACAACUCAAAUCCAAUCAAAUUGGGGCUAAGACGAGGCGUCCAAGUUGCUCUAGUCAAGGAUACACCAUAAAUCCGCAGGAUGUGAUGUUCGUGAUCGGCGACCCAGAUCCGGUGCUGGAAAUACCCUCGAAUCCCUGCUCCGAACUAGGAGAGGCCGAAGGGGAUAACAUCCUGAAAUUGGACUUAGCUCGUUAUAGUAGUAUGAAGAAUCGCAGGGUGGUUCUUCCCGAUGAUCUCCCCUGUGUUAAAGAGAAGCCUUCGCUUCGACAGCUGAAAGAAGUCACUCGACAGUUCGCCGACAUUGUCGAUUCGGUGUUCACGAAAGUUAAGCAAAAUGAUUUCUGGAGUCCUGUUGUUCCUGCAGAGGAACCGUCGGAAAAGAGCAAUUUUCUGAAGAGUCCUCCGCAGGAUCAACGUAUUCCAGUGCCCAUUAAGUGCAAAGAGCAGUACGGAGUCAAACCCAUUCGAUUCUGCCCCAUUUGCCUGUGUUCGAUGUCCUGGCUGCCCAAGUUCGCAAACUGUCCGCGCUGCCAGACCACGACGCGGCCUUUUGCCGAAGAGCCACCCAGUGACGAGCAAACCGCGGAUCAGAUCAUGAAAGAGCAGCUGGUCAAACCGCAACCACCGGAAGGAGUGGAGGACUUUUGCCGGAGACCUUGCGAGGUGGCCUUGAAGGAGCUGGAUGGCGAAGAAGAAUGUCCGCCCUGUCGGUGCACCUGCAAGCUGGGAAAGAUAUGCGCCCACUGCCGCAUCCGUAAGCUUUGCGAGGAUAUCUACCAUGUGCCGUCAUCCGUUCACAGAAUGCAUCCAAAGCCCAAGUCUGACGAGGAUUACAGCGUCAUUACCGAUGCGGAUGCGGAAGACGAUCGCCCCUAUUUAACGAGGGUCUUCUCUGAGAUGAAGAAUCUCUACGAUCUGCACGACUCCAAGAAGAAAACAGACCUCGAGAAACGCUGCCACUCAAGCGCCCUACUGUCCCUACACGUCUCUAAAAAAGCGCCAGGCCAAGUGCAACCGCGCGUAGUCCGAUCCUUACCAGCCUGUGCUAUAGGGACCAACCGCCCAAAGCUUGUCCACAAACGCUGCCUACCGACGGAGUACACAGUGUCCCGACGUCAUGGCUGGAACUGGACGAAGAGCUUGGAGGCUCGCAACAAUGGAUGGCGUCCGGGAGCCAUUCUGAGCACUUCUGGUCAUGUAAUGCGCUUUUUCCUCAAUCGCCGUGACAGUUACAAGUUACACCAAAACGCCAUUUCCGAUUAUCAAAAGGAGGAACACUUGGCGCCGCCAAUGCUGAAUAUAUUUAAGCGAAAGGGAGAAAUAUUCAUCACCCUGCAUCCUCAGGAAUCCAUGAUUGGACGGCAGAGGCCAAUUGUCUUUCGUAUUGUCAAGAGUGAUCUGGCGGUAGCUUUGCGUCAAAUAAAGCGAGCUCUCAAGGACAUGGGCUUUCGGAGGUGCACAUGUCACAAGUCUCUGGUGUUGUGUACUUGCCGCGAUGCCAUAGAGAAGAUGGAGUUGAAUAAAGCCCUGAAGACGGAGUGCCACAAACGAAAUAUGCAGUCGUGUCCGGAGCACCUGGUGCUCACCGACACGAGUGACAGUGACGUGGAGCUGGACCUGAAUGUCACCCCUCCGACAGCGUCGCGAAGGCCCGAGCUCAGGGCCCUUUCUAACAAUGUCAACCACGCCACUCAGACGGGAAAAAAGGAAACCCGGACGGUCAGGCCCUUUUACCCAGUUCCAGCUAAUCCCUAUUACCGGGCGUAUGAUUGUGCAGUCCGAGAUCACUUCACAGCCACUGCCUUCGGGGCGCCUGGAGAGAAUGUUUUCGAGGACGGUGUAUUUGGACUGGAAGGUGGUGGUCCCCAUGGAGUCCCACCAAAAUAUAACGACAGGUCCGUGGUGCCACCAUCCUGCCAGUUACCUUCAGGUCGAAUGGGGACGGCUAUCUUUGGCGGUGGCCGUGGACGUCCGUGCCUACAAAGUAGUGGUGAUCUAGGCGCUGCUGUGUGGGCUGCAAUCCCCGGUGCUGAAAAGAUUUUUGGCAAAAAACAAAAAACUGGAUUCAUUCCUGUGCGAUGGACUAAGCGAAUGCUUCAGCCAGCCAAGGAUGCGGCCAAAGCGGCCGAACAGAUGCAACUCGAAGCCAUCGCAAAGAAGAAAAAGGGCGUGAACAUGCUGAAGUACCUGGAGACACAAGGUCCUAAACGUCGGGACGCGAGUCCCAAGAACGGAAGAGACACCAAGUCAGUAUUGCCAAAACGAAUCGGUUUUGGGCCCAAAUAA